AUGUCCAGAGAGCCAACUUUCAUACACAGAGACUUUUCCGCAUCAACAACUCGUCAUUAUAACGAAAUUUGGAAUUGGUAUUUGAAUAACUUGAUCAAUGGAGAAUUCGAAAACAUCACCAACAAUAAGGUCUUUAGAAAUGAGCUGAACGAGGUAGUUGACUCAGUAGAUGGAGAUAUCAAGAUCAUGAUCACAGUGCCCAAUUUCCUGAACAAUGAGGCAUUGAUUAGAGAAUUAUUGACCAAGUUCUUCAAUGCUAAUGGUGAUCAUGAACAAGAUGAUAAUAGAUUAGAGAUAUGCUUGACGAAUUUUGGACCUUUGAAAGGUUCUGGGUCCUCUAUAAUAAUGGCUGCUACUCAUACUCACAUUCCAGAAGAUGCUACUUUUGGUGAUAUAGCCAAUUAUAAUCAAACUAUUGAACUGAAUUCAGUCAUCUCUGGUGAAUCUGAUUAUAUUCCAUCAAUCAAUUCUGAAGAUAAAAUACCAACCCCUGUUGAAAUAGAUGAGAAUGAAAGUUCUAUAGAUUCAUUCCAUCCUUCGGUUUCAUUACCACCAAGUCCAAAAUAUUCAUUAACAAGAGUUUCCACUAUACAAAAUGAUGAAGGUAUUGAUGAGUUAGAUCAAGGUUCUUCAACACAUGUACCAAACACACCAAAUAAUCUUUCAAAUGAACAACAACCCAUUGUACAAAUAGAAUCCAAAGAAUCUGGAGAAGAAGAAGAAGAGGAAGAGGAAGGAGAAAAUUAUGAUGAAGAAAACAAAGGUGAACUAGAAGAACAUGAUAUUGAUAGUAUUUAUUCCGAUGAAAGUUCAAUAGAUUCAGUUGAAUAUGUACCGUCAACAAUUACAACUCAUUCAGGGCAAUUGAAUAUGAGAUAUAAAAUGGUACUGAAUACCAUAUUAUUUAAAGAUGAUGAACAAAAUAAAAGAACUGCCAUAAGACAGAAUGAUGAAGAUGGUAUAAGUGAUGAUUGGUUAUUAUAUGAUGAAGAUUUCAGAAUGGAUAAUAUUGAAUUAUUUGAUCUACGAGAUAUUAUAGAAAUGAUGAAAUAUGAACAUAAAAUAUUAUUUUAUGACGUUAUUUUAGAGAAAACAAAUAAUCAAGAUGAUGAAUUUGAUGAUGAUGAAUUAAAUGAAGGUGAUGAUUUAAACGUUGUUGAAUUCAAUGGUAAUUCAAAUUAUCAUGAACAUGAAGGUCAAUCAAUUAAGUUUGUUCAAAGUAAUCAAACAACUAUUCAAGCUUCAGAAAAUUUAUCGAAAACAAAUACAAUUAAAACUCAUCUUGGUUCAAUAAGAUCAGAAUAUAAUUUGUAUAAACCAGAUUCAUUAUUUUCCAAGAUUGAAAGAUCAAAAUCUACUCCAACUAAUUCCAAAAUGAAAAAAUUAAAACUACGAAAUGGUAAUGGUGAUAGAAAUUGUAUUAUAAUGUGA